CGUCCACAACUCACCCCUCUUGUUAGGGCUUGGCUCCCCAAUAGAGGCCCCGAGGCCCCUCUCUGCCCUCUCCCUGUGGAAUCGGAAUUAUUCCUUGGAAUCUAUCUUCCUCCUUCUCUCCUCUCAUCUGGCCCUUUAAAGUCUUUUCUUUUCCUCUUUCUUUUCCAUUGCUAUUUCGUUUCAUCCUCAUCAUCAUGACCACUGUCCUCAACAUCGACGGUGACCAGCAGCUCCUCGACACUUUUCAACAUCUGUCCGUUCAAGAUCAGAGGGAAGUGAAAGAGAGUAGAAAUGGGAGUCAUGGGGGUGUAUGUGCGAUCUGUCUGGAUACGAUAGUGCUUCAGGAAACUGCUAUGGUAAAAGGUUGCGAGCACGCAUACUGUGUGACAUGCAUCCUUCGUUGGGCCACAUAUAGUCAGAAACCAACAUGCCCACAAUGUAAACAUCCUUUUGAAUUUCUCAACAUUCAUCGCUCACUAGAUGGCAGCAUCCACGAUUACAUGUUCGAGGAGAGUGUGUGUCUUCUCCUUAGAGCUGCAUGGUUUAAACCUUUGAUUGUGGAGGAACAAGAAGAUAUUUAUGAUGAAGAGGAAUAUUUUUAUCCAUAUGAAAUUAAUGAAGUUGAUAUAGAUGAAGAUGAUCUGGAUGAGGUUUACUACAACAAUUUGUCAAGUAUCCGAAUUGGGAAUCGGAGAUGGGGAAAUAAUGGAUAUAUUAGGGCAGGACACCAAGAAGCGAGGCCAGUCUAUCGACCAAAUGCUCAGAGCUCAGGUGCUAGUUCAUCUCGUGAUUCUGGGAGUUCAGAGGCUAAGAAAGAGACAAAGGGGCGGCGGGCAAAGAGAGCAUUGAAACGUGAAGCAGCAGAUAAGGCAGCUGCAGAAAAACAUGAACGACAUUUGGUGAGGUUGGGCCGGAAUUGAUUCUAUCUUUAACUUUGAAGUAGAAUUAAUUCCAUCUUUGUAAGUACUUCAUAAGCCAGAAACUUUUAGACUCAACUGGCCCGUGUACAUUUGCUUGAACUUGCCUUAGCAUCUUUGCUGUUAAAUGGCUGGAAAUGCUGUUACAUUGUAUGCUUCAAAAAUAGAUAUUUAAUGAUAGGAACUGACAAUUUCUGUACCAA